UGGUGGUCAUUGGCGUUGUUGGACAGGUCAGUCGGGCACUUUGAAGACGGGAGGUUUCACGAAGAGUGUGUCCUUUGGGGGAAACGACUAGACCCCCCUUGAAAAGGCCUUUUCUUCCAAGUUGUCAUGGGGACGACAGUCGUAUGCACAGUUGCAGUGAUGAAAACAAUAAUCCACAAGCGGGGAGGGGGGUAACGUCACCUUCUUGGCCACACGCAAGUGGGCAUCGUCGGACUAUAGCCAGAAAGAGAUCGAGUGAUUCCGAUGUGGAUGCGUUAGAGGUGUAUUUGCGCCCACUGAUAUAAAGGACAACUGAUCUUCAUUCUUCAACUGCUUACUGGGAGGUGUGAUAACUCCAACGUACGCAGCAUAACCUCGAAAUCACCCAGCAUGACGUUAAUCGCAGAUGAGCGGUGCUUGAGCCGAGACAACAGUACCAUACCCACAUCACGUAGCAACGAGCCAUUAGUUCUAGAGGCAAAACCCGUACCUGCAUUAUCCAGUCCCUCGGAUGAAGAUGCCGGCGGGGCAUGUGGAUGGGCGUGUCUAACACCUGGUUUCUUGCAAAGAUUUCGGACCCCUCCAUGGGUGCUGUUCUUCUUCUGCUGGGCAGGCUUCUUGCAAGGACUUAUCGUGAAUGGAUUUGUGAAUGUUGUCAUUACGACUAUCGAACGACGGUUUCAACUACGCAGUUCAGAGAGUGGUCUUAUAGCAAGUGGGUAUGACAUUGCAUCAUUUCUUUUGCUUGUGCCCAUAAGUUACUUUGGUGGAACUCGAAGCAAGCCCUUGUUCAUCGGCCUCGGUUCCCUGGUGCUUGGACUGGGAGCCUUGGUGUUUGCGAUGCCGCAUUUCGUGGCACCCCGUUAUUCCUACAGUACUUUGGAUGACAUUGAACCGUUGUGUUACGCUGGUGGCCAAGUGGUACAGAGCUAUUGUAGGACUAAUCACACAAACUCACUGAACCAUUUCAAGUACGUGUUCCUGGUUGGACAGAUGUUGCACGGCGCCGGAGCCACUCCAUUCUUCACGUUGGGAUGUACCUACUUGGACGAAAUCGUCUCCACCAAGAUGUCUUCAGUUUAUAUUGGAAUAUUUUAUACAAUGGCCAUUAUUGGACCUGCAAUGGGUUACAUCCUUGGUGGACAGUUUCUGAAGAUCUACACUGACGUUGGAGCAAAUGCUUCUCUGUUGGGCCUAACUACGUCCAGCGGCGUAUGGGUCGGUGCCUGGUGGCUUGGUUUUGUAGUGUCUGCAUUCCUUGCCUUUCUAGCAGCUUUACCCAUCAGUGCCUUUCCAAAAAUUCUUCCAGGAUCCCUUAGGAUUCAAGCACAGAAGAAGUCCGAGAUGCACCAGAAGCUGGAAAAAAGCCAAGCUGCACAGUCUGGGUUUGGGUCCAAGGCUAAGGACCUUCCUGCUUCACUUGCAAUGUUAAUUCUCAAUCCCACCUUUGCUUUCUUGAGCUUGGCUGGAGCAACAGAGGGAAUGCUCGUCUCUGGACUUGCAACAUUCUUGCCAAAGGUAAUAGAAUUCCAGUUCAGCAUUGCUGCUAGCUAUGCUGCUCUAAUUAUUGGUGCAGUAACAGUGCCUGGUGCAGGAGGUGGAACCUUUCUCGGUGGAUACCUCGUAAAAAAGUUUAACCUCCGUUGUGCUGGCAUCAUUAAGAUGUGCAUUCUCUGUUCACUCAUUGCAUUCAUCACGAUCUUUACCUUCGUCUUCAGUUGCCCGAAUGUCCAGUUUGCCGGUGUGCACUUUGACUUCACCAACAAUGCCACACAAAACAAUGCUGACAAUUUUAUUUCACAUUGUAACAACGAUUGCCAAUGCCAUAAGGAAGCGUACGACCCAGUCUGUGGUACAGACAACAUCAUGUAUUAUUCACCCUGUCAUGCCGGUUGUCAGAAAGUGCAUCACUUUGAAUCAACUAAGGUGUAUGAGGACUGUAGGUGCAUCAACCAUCUAGGAAAGAACAUGACCAUCAAUGGCAUGAACGUACUUAUCCAAGCUGAAAGAAACAAAUGUUCGAAUAACUGCAACUUCCUUGUGUUCUUCCUGCUAGGAAUGUUUAUUUGCAUGUUAUUUACAUUCUUGGUGUCUAUGCCUUCGUUGGCAGCUACAUUAAGAUGCGUGGCAGCAACGCAAAAAUCAUUCGGCUUAGGAAUACAAUGGAUCACUGUUCGAUUGAUUGGUACCAUCCCUGCACCCAUCCUUUUUGGAUACCUGAUUGACUCAAGUUGCGUUCUGUGGCCACAUUCUUGUGAUGACAAAGGAGCAUGUGCCGUAUACGAAAAUGGUCGAAUGGCCCGAAAUUUGCUCAUUCUUCUGGCAUCUGUCAAGUUUCUCUCAUGCCUCUUCUUCUUCUUGGCAUGGCUUCUGUACAAGCCACCAGAACAUGACCAAGAUGCAAAGAAAGACAGCAACACAAAUGGAGUGGAAAAUGUGUUGCAUCAGAACAAUACAAGUACAUGGUUCUGAUACAUUCUGGAACAUCCCCUUACAGGUGGUGACAGGAAUACUGUGUACAAACAGUACUUUGUUCCAAGCUGCCAUCCCUUCAGUAGCUUUUUAAACAGAACUAUCUGCAGAACUACAAUGUGAUGUGGUGUGAUAUGAAUUAUCAAAACGACAGAAAACGACCAGAUGUUUAUGUACCCCAAAGCUGCGGAAUACAAAGGUGUCGGGCAAAUUGUUGUGAAAUGUGGACUAAUGUGGACUAGAUGUGGACAAUGGACAGUGUUGUGGACCUCAAUCUAACAAGGAUGUGAAUACAGCAUGUGCAAUAGUAUGUAACACUGCCGAUUAUUUUGUAUUAUAUCUAGGCACGUGUGCUCUACAAGAGUCGUGCCGUAAACUUUUCCACUCGUCCAUUCGUGACAGCGUACGGACUUUACAUGAAAAUAGUUCUGCUCGCUCAUCUGCAAAUAUUUACAGAACAGGAGUGAUGAGCAAGCUUUUCUACCAGUAUGGAUCUAUUGGAGGAAAUUGUACUACUACUUAAAAGGGAGUCAUUCCAUGUGAAGCCCUCAUCAGCAGCUGAAUUUUUUUCAAAUGAAAUAACCAAAUAGUACCUAUACUGUGAGAAAGAUCGACACUGUUGAUCAUUAUAUCCUUCUUUAUAAGCUUUAUUGUUACGACUUUCGUGGUUGUGCAUGGCGUUUCUUGAAAAGUUCUCUUUCUUCACGAACUAUGUAUACGAGUAUUGACGGCAAGUAUUCUGUUCCUAUGCCAAUCGACAUUGGCGUGCCCCCAGGGCUCUGUUUUGGGCCCUGUCUUGUUCUCUCUGUAUAUCAAUGACAUUCCACUGGUGUCCGAUAUUUUGUCAACCUACAUGUAUGCCGACGAUACUUGCUUUUUGUAUAGUUCCUCAAACACUUCUGAUAUGGGCCCUGCAAUGUCCUAUGAGGCCAACAAAAUUGCUCAGUGGUUCGAAGCGAAUCGUUUAUCUUUAAACACGAGUAAGACGAAGUUUGUCAUUUUCUCUAGAUCAUCUAUCAGUAGUACUCAGAUUAAUAUUACCGUUCAGAAUCAAGCUGUGGAACAAGUGCAUGAAAUUAAAUAUUUGGGAGUGUUGCUGGACGCAUCUUUUUCUUGGAGGCCACAUAUUGACAAAGUCGCAAAAAAUAUAUCUCAGUCCUGUCGCGCUUUAUUCCUUGCUAGACAGUACUUUCCCCUGUAUGUGCUACGUCAACUGUACUCUGCUCUGGUCCGGUGUCACUUGACUUACUGUGCUACCUCAUGGGGCAAUGCAUUUACAACAUACCUUGAGCGUCUAUUUAAACUACAAAAGAGAGCUGUCAGAUUACUAACAUUCUCUAAUAGUCGAACCUCAUGCGUUGGGUUGUUCAGUGAAUUGAAUAUUUUGCCUUUUCCCGAUCUGAUUCGUGAAAGAUGUACUUUGCUUGUCUUUUCUAUUGUAACGACAAAUGUGCCUAUGAAUGCAUAUAGUACCCGUUUGACUGUGUGCUUUGGUACGAGACUGUGGAAUGCCUUACCGUUUGACGUGAAGACUAGUCAUUGUUUUGCCGCGAAGUUGAGACAGCAUAUACUUGCCACAUCAAAAUACUUGAAAAUUGUUUGGUAUUUCAGUUACCGCUUCAACGUUGAUGUUUUUAACUGUGUGUCGAUGAUGUUUUUAACUGUGUGUCGAUGAUUUUUUACACUGUGUCGCAGGAGUCUCCACUAGCAUGCGCUACUGACCCUGUACCACAGUAUUUGCUUUGGCUGCAAUGCCUUGUUUUUUUAAAUAAAAAUAAUAAAAAAACAUAUUAGCAGUGGACACUGGGGGGAACAGAGCACUGUUCCUAACACAAGGGAAAUGUGGGCAAGACACAUUUCUAACACAUGUAAAACCAUGUCCAGUUAAAUGUCUAUGGGGUGGCAUACAAACUAACUGAUCAUGUCAUUCCCUUGGUAAUGCGCCACACUUGAUGCAUCGACACCAGGUAUACUACCACAUAUCAAACAACAACAACAACAACUUUAUUUUCGGCCUUGGAGAGUGGGGUAUCAGCGGUUCUUGUGACAUUGGGAAAUGCACUGCAGACCUUAUCAUGCUCAGGGCUAUCAUGCAAGCUAUUUCAACACAGUUUGCUGCCCAUUGUUAGCUCUCUAGUGACCAGUUUUGGUGUCAUGACAUCUUUGUCUGCAUAAACCUCAAAGUGGUACAGAGAAUCUGCACAAGCACUUACGUUCUCAUUUCUACGUGGUCAUAAACCUGGGUUCAUUGUUCCUGUUUAUCUCAGGAACUACAAGUCUCUGUUGGAUGAAAUUUUUCAUCUCCAUGUAACUGUUAAACUGGUCCUGCAGACACGUAUAACAUUCCCUGGAGACACAUACCAGCAGUUCAAGCUAUCUGCAGAAAAUUUACCAGUGGAUUCUGUGAAUGUUGUGAGUAUCCGUGACUUGUGAAUGACGCUCUUCCACGGGGUAUUCAUAAAUGGUCAUUUGGCUGUUUAUUUUAUGUAUCACUCAAUCAGGGUUGUUCCGUGGGUUGUUCCAGGGUUGUAGCGUGGAAGCUAUGUGCAAGCAAGCUACUGUGAUGUUUUGUUCUGUACAAUGGUAUCGAGUGAAAGACUGAAACAUUAAAAGGAAUCCUUGUAUGCUCGCCAUGGAAAUUGCAUUGUGUAGCACGAAUAAUAUGGAAAUAUACAGG